AUCCUAGGCGGAAGCCUGCCAGGGCCGCUGGAGCGGGCGAGGCAGAGCCGCCGGCUGGGCUGGCGCGGACGGGCGGACCAUGGCGGUGCCGGUGCUGGGCGCGCUCUGGGCCGAGGUCCCGCUGGAGACGCGGAUCUUCGGCGCGGUGCUGCUCUUCUCCUGGGCCGUCUACCUCUGGGAAGCGCUGCUGGCCUGGCGGCAGAGGACCGUGUACAAGACAACAACCCAUGUGCCGUUGGAGCUGGGGCCAAUAAUGGACUUGGAAACAUUUGAAAAAUCUCGCCUUUAUCAGUUGGAUAAAAGUGCUUUCAGCUUUUGGUCAGGUCUCUACUCAGAGGUCGAGGGCACCGUGAUUCUUCUAUGUGGAGGUAUUCCUUUCCUUUGGUCUAUAUCUGGAGAGAUCUCUGAACAUGCUGGCUUUGGACCAGAGUAUGAGAUCAUUCAAUCCCUGGUCUUCUUGCUGCUUGCUACCCUAUUCAGCGCCGUCACGGGUCUGCCCUGGAGCCUUUAUAAUACUUUUGUCAUAGAGGAGAAACAUGGCUUCAACCAACAGACUCUGGGGUUCUUUUUUAAAGACGCCAUCAAGAAGUUCAUAGUGACUCAAUGCAUCCUGUUGCCAGUAACGUCACUUUUGCUUUACAUUAUUAAAAUUGGAGGAGACUAUUUCUUCAUUUACGCGUGGCUUUUCACAUUAGUAGUUUCUCUGGUUCUCGUCACUAUCUAUGCAGACUACAUCGCUCCUUUGUUUGAUAAAUUCAUUCCCCUCCCUGAAGGAGAGCUCAAACAACAAAUUGAGGAGAUGGCAAAGAACAUAGAUUUUCCUUUGACUAAAGUUUACGUUGUAGAAGGUUCCAAACGGUCCUCCCACAGCAAUGCUUAUUUCUAUGGCUUCUUCAAGAAUAAACGCAUUGUGCUGUUUGACACUCUCCUGGAGGAUUAUUCUGCGCUUAACAAAGAGCGUUCCGAGGAUGCUGGCUCAGAGUCCCAGGUGGCCAAAGGAAAUGGGGAAGAGGCAGAGACACAGGCUAAAGCCAAAAAUACGAAACAAGGCUGCAAAAACGAAGAAGUCUUGGCUGUGCUGGGCCAUGAGCUGGGGCAUUGGAAGCUUGGCCACACCAUCAAGAAUAUUGUCAUCAGCCAGAUGAAUUCCUUCCUGUGUUUCUUCUUAUUUGCUGUACUGAUUGGUCGAAAGGAACUUUUUGCGGCUUUUGGAUUCUACGACAUCCAACCUACCCUGAUAGGCCUCUUGAUCAUCUUUCAGUUUAUCUUCUCACCAUAUAACGAGGUUCUCUCCUUUUGUUUAACUGUGUUAAGCAGGCGAUUUGAAUUUCAAGCAGAUGCUUUUGCCAAGGAUCUUGGAAAGGGUAAAGACUUGUACUCGGCGCUGAUCAAGCUGAACAAAGAUAACUUGGGAUUCCCUGUUUCAGACUGGCUGUUUUCUAUGUGGCAUUAUUCUCACCCUCCACUGUUAGAAAGACUUCAAGCACUCAAGGAGUCCAAGCAAGACUGAAAUAAGUGGAUGGAUGAAAAGAGGAGCUUUUACCCCAAAAUCAAGUUCCUGGUUUUGUUUUUUUAAAACUAUAUGUAUAUAAAUACAUCCAUUCUGAGCACACCAUUCUGUGUAAGCGACAUUACACUCUUCACCUGAUCUGAACGAAGCUCUUGAAAAACUUGUGUUCAAUUAACUGAAACGAAUUUUAAAGAGAAAUAACCUUGUGGGGACUGAGUUGGGGAUGAAUGUAAUGUUUAAAAAAAAAAUCUCUUAAUCACAGAGAACAGUUCUUGAGGAGGAAAGUAAUUUAUUACAACCCGAAGUGUUGCUUGAAUUUGUGGAAGCUUUGAAUGUGACUCUUUGUACCUUAAGCACUUUGUCUGAGUGUUCUGUACGGCAAACUUCUAGCUUUCCUACCUCAUUUGUGGGGUUCAGGACCUAGAAACCUCUCUCCUUUUCGACCACUGGGGUUCCAGCAUUUAAACCAAAACACUGUCUGGAUUGAGAGCACGGGACUUUCUCCCUAGGUUCAAGUUCAAACCUGCAAUGAAAAUGAAAAGGCUACUUUUUACAGAUAAUAAAGACAUCUCUGCCCCUUGGUGGGGACCAGAGAAUAAAUUCCA